AUGACCAACUGCUGGAGCGUCGGAGACAUUCAAGGCUCCUCACUGAAGGAGAGGCUGAAGGAGGGCUCGGUGUGGACCAUGAACCGGUACACCACCCUAAGGCAGCUGGGAGACGGCACGUAUGGAAGCGUGCUGCUGGGCAAGAGCAACGAGACGGGGGAGCUGGUGGCCAUAAAGAGGAUGAAGAGGAAGUUUUAUUCCUGGGAUGAGUGCUUGAAUCUGAGAGAGGUGAAGUCCCUGAAGAAGCUGAAUCACGCCAACGUGGUGAAACUGAAGGAGGUGGUCAGAGAAAACGACUACCUGUACUUCAUCUUUGAGUAUAUGAAAGAAAACCUGUAUCAGCUCAUGAACAAACGGGAAGAUAAGAUGUUUUCUGAAAAUGAGAUAAGAAACAUUCUGUUCCAAGUCUUAUCUGGCUUAGCUUUUGUGCAUAAGCACGGGUACUUCCAUCGUGAUAUGAAACCAGAGAACUUGCUCUGCAUGGGCCCGGAGCUGGUGAAGAUCGCAGAUUUUGGACUGGCAAGAGAAAUCCGCUCGCAGCCGCCCUAUACGGAUUACGUAUCCACGAGAUGGUACCGAGCCCCAGAGGUUCUGCUCAAGUCCAGCUCCUACAGCUCUCCCAUCGACAUCUGGGCCGUCGGCUGCAUCAUGGCGGAGCUGUACACCCUCAGACCGCUGUUCCCGGGAAACAGCGAGGUGGAUGAGAUCUUCAAGAUCUGCCAGGUGCUGGGAACACUGAAGAAGUCUGACUGGCCUGAGGGCUACAACCUGGCCACAUCCAUGAACUUCCGCUUCCCAAAGUACGCCCCCACCAGCCUCAGGUCGCUGAUUCCCAACGCCAGCAACGAGGCGAUCGCUCUGAUGAAAGACAUGCUGCAGUGGGACCCUGAGAAAAGGCCGAGUGCUGCUCAGGCUCUCAGAUAUCCCUACUUCCAUGUCGGCCAGUCCCUCGGUGGUCCUCUGAAGUCCUCAGAGCAGCACAGGAACCAGGAAAAGGCGUCUGAAGCAGCUCCAGACCUGAAGCCGCUGUCCCUCUGUAAGACUGAUCUGGACUCCUGUGAACUUAACAAGCCCCGACCAGAACCACAGACCUGCAGCCAGUCGCUCCAUCAGCCUCUGCAGCAGAUCAACCUUCCUCAGGAGAACAUGGAGCCCAAUGUACACCAACUGAUGUGUCCCAGUGCUCUGACAGAAGCCCAACAAGAACCUCUGAGCCUGGUGAAGAACAGGCAGCCAGGGAGCUUUAAGACUGUCGGUCAGCGAGGAGCUGCCUCUGGAGCAGAGAACAGCGUAUCUGUGACUCGGACAGGACGGCGACGAUGGGGCCAGACGUCCUUCAAGUCGGUGGACAGCUGGGACGACGGGGACGACGCAGACGCCGGAGUUUCCAUCUCUAAGAAACCCACGAUCACGUCUCUGAAGAACAGGGCUCUGGAUCGAUCUUCAGAGCCAAAGACCAGCGCAGGAGCAAAGCUGCCAAGCAAUGCUGGGCUGAGCAGGACCGACUCCACCACGCUGUCCGCCAAGCAGCAUUACCUGCGCCAGUCCAGAUACGUACCUGGUGAGGACAAGUAUGCUACCUGUCCCUCAAAAUCCAGCUUCUACGGAGUAAAUCCAAAAAGCAACUUGGCAGCAGGAAGCCAGGGCAAAAAGACGUGGGGCAACAGCAGAGCACCGGGGCUGGAGUUUCCUCUGGGUAAAGAUGUCAGUCUUCCCAAACUAACAGAGAAGCAGCCUCUGAAAGAAAAGAGAGCGGACGAUGUGGAUUUUUCCAAAGACUCCUCCAACAUCAAGACUCCCUUUCCACCUUUCCAGAAGACUGAACCAGCAGGACGACAGAGGAUCACCCUGGCCCCCAUAGCGCCCCCUGCUGGUCAUCAUGCUGUGAUUUUACUGGUCACUGGAGAUCAAACUGGACUGAAUGUGGAACCUGGACUAAGAUGAGUUUGACUCCCCUGCUUUAGGGUCAAUCAGACAGCACUAGAAAAUAAGUUUUUGGGUUUGAAAAUGGUUUGUUCAGGUGUAAACUUGAGUUCUUUUCUUUAACUUUCUCAGGUGUUUUGGUGGUUGAUUAACUGUAAUGUUUCUGGUUUGUUAGGUUCUUUCAGCUCCCCCUGGAGUUAGAAAGCAGUCUAGAAAAAACUGAGUAUCAGAGUCUAACUUGAUCAGUCUGUUCAGCUUCGUUUUCAUUUUUACUUCCUUUCUGUCAUUAAGAAAUUCUGGUUUUGGUUGAUUUUUAUGUGAAUAUUCUUAAAGAAAUUUGAGAAGUUUUACUGAAAAAUAUUUUUAGGAUUUUUUGAGAUUUUUACUCAUUUUUUGAAAAUAUUUAAAGGAAUUUUCUUGUCAAAUUUGUAACAUUUUUUUGUAAAAUUUUUAAGGAAUUAUUGGAAUUUUCUUCCUUAAGGUUUUGCAAAUUUAAAGUUUAAAAAUGUGGGAAAAAAAAUAUUUUCAUAGUGAAACUUCUGAUGUCCACAUUUUCAACAUUUUGGCACAUUUUGGUGGAAAAAAGAAAUGUUAAAAAAAUA